AUGGUCAAAUCAACACAAAUAGCGCGGCUGGACGGCCUCAUGCUGGCCGCCAGCUCCGACGACGAGCAGGUCGAGAACGAGCUCAGCGAAGUAAAGUCCCAAACCAAAAUGAUCUUUCGCCGCCUCAACCGCAACUCGGAAUCCCAAGCCUCGAUCGAGUCCGGCGCAUACACCCUGCACUACCUAAUCCAAGACUCGGUGUGCUUCCUCUGCAUCUGCGACAAAUCCUACCCGCGCAAACUCGCCUUCACGUACCUCUCGGACAUUGCGCAGGAAUUCACCACUACAUAUCCGUCUGGACAAUAUUUGAGUCAGACGUUGCGGCCGUAUGCGUUCAUGGAGUUUGAUACGUAUAUGCAGCGGACGAAGAAGGUGUAUCAGGAUUCAAGAGCGAGUGCGAAUCUGGAUAAGUUGAAUGAUGAGUUGAAGGAUGUGACCAAGGUGAUGACGAAGAAUAUUGAGGAUUUGUUGUAUAGGGGCGAUAGUUUGGAGAGGAUGGGGGAGAUGAGUGGAAGGUUGAGGGAGGAUAGUAAGAAGUACAGGAAGGCGGCGGUGAGGAUUAAUUGGGAGUUGUUGUUGAAGCAGUAUGGGCCGUUUGCGGGGUUGGGACUAUUCAUAUUGAUUUUCAUCAUAUGGAGAUUCUUCUGA